AUGCGGAGGACUUUGCCCGCUGGCGUCACGCUCGCGUUAAGAUGUCACCGGCUUCCCCUUUGCCCUCAGAGCGAAAACGCCCCAGGUCUCCCCAGCGCUUGCCUCAGAGCUGUUCCUUCCCCCUCAGGUUGCUAUAAGAUCACCACAGUAUUCAGCCACGCUCAGACUGUCGUCCUGUGCGUGGGCUGCUCCACUGUGCUGUGCCAGCCCACUGGAGGAAAGGCAAGGCUUACAGAAGGAUGCUCCUUCAGACGGAAGCAGCAUUAAACUAAUGGAGUCUGAGAUGGUUGGGACUACUUGCACAGAUGGCUGCACAGAUGGCGAGCAUGGGAUUUGGUUCAGGUGUGACCUGAAUGCUUUAGUUAGGUGUCCUUGGAAUGCAAACCAGGAAUGUGAAUUUCAUACUGUCCCUGUAGCCCCACUCAUCUCACCGUGAAUAAAUUUUGGAUAAAAUACAA